CCCAGCUGAGCCGAGCCCAGCCGAGCCGGGCCGGGUCGGGCCGGGCGGGGCGCUGGGGGCGGGAUCGGGGCGGUGGUACCGGCUCCACGCCGCGCAGGUUAAUAGCAGUGCGGGGCCGCGCCGGGAGCAGGGCGAGCCGAGUUAAGCCGAGCUGAGCCGUGCUAAGCCGAGCCGAGGCAGCAUGGCCCAGCCGCGCUGCCGCUCCGUGCUCAUCACCGGCUGCAGCCGGGGCAUCGGGCUAGGGCUGGUGCGGGGGCUCGCAGCCGCCAGCCCCUCCCCGGACUUCGUCUUUGCGACGUGCCGGUACCCCGAGAAGGCGCAGGAACUCCAGCAGCUUAGCAAGCAAUACAGCAAUAUCAAGCUCCUCCAACUGGAUGUGGUCUGUGAGAACAGCAUCAAGAAAGUAGUCAAGGAAGUGGAAGAAAUUGUGGGAGAUAAAGGUCUGAACUGCCUAAUUAACAAUGCUGGCAUCAAUGUGCUUGCUUCCUUGGAAGAAGUCACAGCAGAGACAAUGCUCACCAUUUAUGAAACCAAUACUGUUGCCCAGCUGAUGGUCACCAAGGCGUUUCUACCCCUUCUGAGGAAGGCAGCCCAGCUGAGCACAGGAAUGGGCUGCCAUAGGGCUGCUAUUAUCAAUAUGUCCUCUCUUGCUGCCUCCAUGCAACUCGUCCAGGCAAAUGAGAUGUUCCUCAAGGUCUACCCCUACAGGAUAGCAAAGACUGCACUGAACAUGAUCACCAGGUGUCUUGCUGCUGACUUGAAAUCAGAUGGAAUUCUCUGUAUUUCUUUGCACCCAGGCUGGCUUCAGACAGACAUGGGUGGAAACAUGGCUCCCAUGCAGGUGCAAGAGGCUAUCCCAGGUAUUCUCUCUGUUCUGGACCGUCUUGGUGAAAAGGAAAAUGGUUCCUUCCUGGACUGGCAAGGGGAAACUCUACCGUGGUAGAAGUACACGGUAUGCUACAGAAACAGCACGUCAGUCACUAUUUAACUUGUGCCACUAAUGUCUGUGUCCCUAGGGUUUUCUUAUGCGGUAGUUGAAAUAGCCCCUCUGAUAUGCAGCCUCUCUCUAGGUGUAUUUGGAAAGUGAGGUGGCUGACUCUCUUACUCGGUAUUGCUACUGCUCUGUUCUAACGCUUCCUACAAAUACUACUGUGCUCUUAGUGAUGGGUAACUCCUGGAACCAUCUGAAAUAGAUUAAAACCUGCAAGUUAAAUCCAGGGGCUGAUGCCUCUUCAUGUCCAAAACCAAAGUGGGCCUCUUGUGUUCCGCAGAAGUAAGUGACCUGACCUCAGAGUAAGGCCAGUGUAGGCUGUCAGAUUCCAGUAUGUUCAGUCCUUCAGUUUCCUUCAGUCCUAACUGAGCCAAGGCUGAAAUUGCCCAGCUCUAAACUACAUGAAUUUGGCAGUUUUGUAAAUUCCUCAGCAACCUCCGAGUGUCCCCAAGCUGACAGCACCAGCACACACCAGGCACUUGCUUUGUUCCCAGCAGGUGACUAACAUCCUGAUACGGGGGUGGGAAUGUUGUUUUGUACAUAAACUUCUAAAAUGUUUCAAUAAAGUCUUGUUUAAACAAAUAGUCUGUUUACUAAA